GCAAUCUGCCAUCCCGACAGCCAACAAUAGCUUCAAUGAUUAAACCUUGAAUGGAGCAAGGCCAGUGUAAUUUGGUUGGGAAUAUAUGAAUUGGUUAUUGACUACGUUGUCAAGGUCACCUGGCCACUGGGGCUAUUAUACUAGUAAUGACAGUGCGCCAUGGCUUUGAAUUGUCACUAUCCAGCGCUGUUCAGUUGUGCGGAGGCGUUUUGUUGAUAGUUACCUGUGUAAAUCAGCAUUUGGCAAACACCACCUGUACAAUUUAUUGAGUGGCAAGAGAGAUUUCAGCAAAAGGACCCUGUGAAAACCAGGUCUAUUUUGCUUUGAGCAUCAACCUUGAUACUUCCACUGCAGUGAAAUGGGAACCGCAUCAAGCGCCAGGCGAGCUGGUGCAAGCAGUGGUGCCAGUGGCCCUCCCUCGAAUGUCGUCUGGAUAAAUCCAAGAUAUGGCAUUAGAUUCGGUGGCGAUGGCGGCCGUCGUCGGCGUGUCCGCGCCACCCCAGCCGUUGAAGAGAGGCGGAGUCCAACACCGCCACCAACCAACACCCAAUUGAAGGUCAUGAGUGCAAACUUGAUGGAGAGGAGCAACAAGUUUCUGCACUUCACAUCUGAUAUUGAUGAGGUGGAUGGCUUGGUGGUGAGACGUGGCCAAGCAUUCAAGGUGCAACUGACACUGAAUCACCCUUACGAUACAAGCACCGAUGAUAUCGCUUUUGACUUUAAAACAGGAGAAACUCAGAAUUUCCAGAAAAGAACACGGGUGCUUGUGUCACUCCGUGAGCCCCGCCUGUCAUUAGCUGGAGGAUGGAAGGCAGAAAUUGAGACACAGGAGGAGAAAACAAUCACUGUGUCUAUCGUUGCUUCACCUGAUGCCUUGGUUGGAAAGUACUCCCUUCAAGUGCGUACGACAGUUCAAUCAGGUGACUCCACCGAUCCCCAGCGAUACAUGUUCAAGGAGCCCCUGCCGGUCUUUCUGCUCUUCAACGCCUGGUGCGAGACUGAUCAGGUCUACCUGGAGGAGGAGGAUGAACGGAAGGAGUAUGUGCUGAACGAGAAGGGUUUCAUCUGGUACGGCAACUGGAGACAGCUGGGCAGGAGGCCCUGGGGUUUCAACCAAUUUGAGAAGACUGUCUUUGAGGCUGUUAUGUAUCUGCUGGAAAGACAUGUGGUUGAUUAUGAGCGUGGAAGUUCUGUCAGUGUCAGCCGUGUCAUGUCAGCAGCUAUUAACGCUCAAGAUGAUGGUGGAGUCUUGACUGGUCGCUGGGACGGCGAUUAUCGCCCACAUGCUCGUCCUACGUCAUGGACAGGCAGCCAACGCAUUCUGGAGGAGCAUUUCAAGACUAAAGCUCCGGUUCGUUACGGCCAAUGCUGGGUGUUCUCAGGCGUCUUUACUACUGUUCUUCGAUGUCUUGGCAUACCGGCAAGGAGUGUGACCAACUACGCAUCUGCCCAUGAUAGCGACAACAGUCUGUCCAUUGACAGGUUUUACGACGAGGACAACGAGAGGUUGGAAAGGUAUGAAAGUGACUCCAUCUGGAACUUCCAUGUCUGGAACGAAGCUUGGAUGAGUCGUCCUGAACUCCCAGCAGGCUAUGGAGGCUGGCAGGCUGUUGAUGCCACACCUCAAGAAACCAGUGAUGGUAUCUACUGCGCCGGACCGUGCUCUGUUAAUGCUAUCAAGCAAGGCCACGUCUACUAUCCGUAUGACGCGAGAUUUGUCUUUGCUGAAGUGAACGGUGACAUUGUUAACUGGCGGGUGAAAAGAGACCGAACUACUGAAGUGAUCAAGGUCAAGAGCAGCCAUGUGGGCAAGAACAUAAGUACAAAGGCAGUGGGCUCAAGUGACAGGCAGGAUUUGACUAUGGAGUACAAACACGCAGAAGGUUCUGCAGCUGAAAGAGCUGCUGUCAAAACCGCAACUUCUUACGGAAGCAAACCUGGAAUUUAUGACUCACCUGAAAACACAGAGGAUGUAGACGUCCAGCUUGACUUCCAAGACCUCUUCGUUGGAGCAGACUUUGACAUCAAGGUGCCAUUGACCAAUAAGAGUGAAGAAGACCGAACAGUUUCAAUCACGGUCAUUGUGCAGGUGGUUUACUAUACUGGUGUUCUCGCUGACAAAAUUAAAAGAAUUGACGAAACAAUACGGCUUGGACCAGGCCUCAAUCAUCAGUUGAACUUUAAAAUUGAUGCUGACGAGUACCUUGACAAGAUGGUGGACCAGUCGGCAUUCAAAGUGUUUCUUCUCGGCCAUGUUGAUGAGACAGGACAGGCAUUUGCAGAGGAGGAGGAUUUCCGUCUGCGCACCCCGGACCUUGACGUCAAGCUGCUACGGCCUGCAGCCAGUGAGAUGAAGGUGGGACAGGAGGUUGAAGUGGAGCUCAGUCUUCAGAACCCUCUGAAGAAGACGCUGACAAACUGUGAGAUAAGCGUCGACGGUUCAGGGCUGUUGGCUCCUCGUGUCAUCAAACUCAGUAAUUUGGCGGCGGGUGGAACACUCACUAAAACCGUCAACUUCAAACCUCGGAAAGCUGGUGAGAGGACGCUGGUUGCCACCUUUGAAUCGGAUCAACUCUCCCAAGUGACUGGCGAACUGGAUUUAAAUGUCCUGUAGUUUGAAUUUUAACCUGAUCUAAAACUGGUAUAAUCUCCACCUUACUGAGUAAAAGUCUUUUGAAGCGAAAUAAAUGUGAAAUUCCCAGUUGAAAUUUUCUAUGUUUGGUAGAAUAUAAACAUGUUAAAGAGUGAGGACUCAGUGGAAACACACCAGUUAAAAAAAACUGGCAACAUGUACACAUUUUUCACUGGUAACUGGCCAACAAUCAGACAAAACAAAUUAUUGUUUAAGCUCUUUGUGAAGAAAGGAUACAACAUUGCUUCCCUUUGUAAGGUACGGUGCAAUGAUUUUUCAAAAGAAAUUUGUAUUGUCCGAUUGUUGGCCAAUACUGUACACCUUAAGGGAGUCUACCAGUGUACAGAGUUUCACGUUGGGUUUAAAAACUCGUCUUUUUUUUAAGCAGGCCUUUCUUAAUUCAUAGGUAAUGUUUCAUAAUGGCUGGGUUUAUAAUGUAUUAUUUAAGGUAUUGAUCUAUACCUUUUUAAGCAGGCUUUUUUAAUUCAUAGGUAAUGCAUUUUUAAUGGCUAAUUUUUCCUUGCUGGGCUUAUAAUGUACUUAUGUGCGUUGAUCUAUGCGUUCACUUUUUAUGUGUUGGGCCUCAGCCCAACACCUAUUGUUAUUGUAUGAAUUGACUAUUAUUAGGUGUUGGGCCUCAACCCAACACCUAUUGUUAUUGUAAGAAUUUACUAUUAUUAGGUGUUCGGCUUUAAGCCCAACAACUAUUGUUUUUGUAAGGGUUU